AUGGCCUCAAACUCGACCCAACAUCCUCCUCCUUCGCUCGGUGACCACAACUCUCAAUCAACCUCGAAUGUCCAGCUUGACCCGAACAACACUUAUUCGGCAAGCGAUAAUCAGCUUGCAGGCUUGGUGGAAGCUGCGACCGCCGCGGCAGACCAAGAUCAGGACCUAUCGCAUUGGGCUGCCGCUGCUGCCACCGCAGUUAGCCAUCAACAAUUAGACGGAUAUGGCGGAGACAUUCAUCUUGGUGAGGAUGGGUUUGGCGACGCGAAUUUUGGUGCGGGUAUGGGAAGCGGGAGACAUCUGAGGGUCCCAAACGAGCAUUCCCAGAGCCCGGGGCUUUCUCGCACCGUGUCAAAAAAACGAAAGCGAAAUGAUGACAACCUCGACCCUGCUUUGACAGGAACAGACAUCUCUGGGUCUCAGCAAAAUGCGCAAGCAUCACUGCCACCUUCACAUGGGUACUCCGGCGAUGGUAUGGAUAUCCGUUCUGUGCCGCAGAGCUCUAUGAAUGAAGCUCGUAUGGCUGGCGUACACUCUGCCGCUGCGCUUUUCCGUCAACCUUCCAGCAAUAAGAAGUAUACUCGUCCUCCAAUGUCGAAGCUUUUCGCGUCCCUUGAAUUAUCGCCGGAAAACUUCCUUCAUCUUCAAGCUGCAGCGAAGGCAUAUAUGCUUAAUGAUGAGCAUCCAGACCGACGAGAUUGUGUUGGGCAGCGAGGCAAAGGAGAUACAGAAAUGGUCAAGCUGCGUUUGUGGAACUGUGUUCGACACUUUCUCGAGGCUGAGGGUAAUGGUGCUCGGUUCUUUGGAGAGAAUGUAGUCAACGAGGGCAUGGGUCCAAGAACUCACACAUGGCCUCGUGAUCAGCAGAGAAUCAUUUCGCUUGUGAUCCCCUUGUUGCGAAGAAUGGUGACAAACGAGAGACAGAGACAAUAUGCUAUUGAAAGCCGUAAAGGUGGUGGUACAGAUGAUCGUCGGCGACGUCAAACCAAUGACGGUUUCGAGCGUAUGACUGAUCGUAUGAAUGGUCCCGUUGUGCCCCUUUCGCCGGACAACGUAAUUCGAUAUCACAAUCAGGAUCAUCGACCCGGCGAUAUGGAACAAACAAUGCCACCUGCCCCGUCGGUUCAGACCCACCCCCAUCAAGGCCCCGUUGACUCUACUCAUGUUGUGGAUCUUGGUCUCACUGACCUUUUCUUGGACGGAUACACUCUUAACUACGACAUUGCCAAGUCCUACGAAUUAUACAACCAAAACUUUGAGUUGGAUAGCUUGUGGUCCUUGUCCGGUCUUCAGCAACCAGACUGGCGUGGCCUUGUGGCAGCUGUUGAUAGUCACUACCGGAUUAUUCACGACGGUGAAGCAUCAUGCCCGAGUCCUUGCGAGGAUGCGAACAUCAAUCGCAUAAUUCAUGCAGACUCCACAGCAGGUCUUCACUGGCGCAUUGGAGGAGAAGGACACUCCCCGGCACGUGAUGAAUUUGCUAGCAGCAUCACCCGUGACGUGUCGAGAAUUAUCCGUGAGAACAUCGUUCGACGAAGCCAUGAAACCGGUCACGACGGUGGCCCGAUUUCGAACCACCAAUUUCACCAGCAGCCAUUUGCUCCGCUCCCAUCAACCCAUGUGCACCCACCUACGUCUACAGACCAGAUCUACAUGCGUAUCAACGUGAUCCAGGAUGGCAAACGAAUCCUCCCCCAAUUCGAUCUACCAGCUGACCAGGUGCCCGGCCCCGAGGCAGCCAAGCAGGCUAUCCUGCGCCGCUACUCUGGGCAAAUCCCCAGUCUGCCCUUCCUGCAAGGCUCGGACAGUGAUGAUUCUGUUGCUCAGCAGGCACGAGAGGCCGCAAUGGCAACCUGGAAGGUCAAGGUCUGGCUUCCAGAUGGUCUCGAAGUAUUCUCGAGCGAUAAUGACUGGAACUUUGCCCUCCUUACUGCGAACACUGUGGACUGGAUGGAUCGAAACUUGAAGGUUCUAGUGGAAAUUGAUGGGACCAAUGCCCACUAA